AUAGAGGAAGAAAAGCAGCAUAUGAGCACAUCACCUUCAGGCUCAGAGCCUCGAUAAUACAAACUUUAUAUCAAGACUUUGUAGCUUUUUCCACCUGCUGCUGCCACCAGAGAAACUUAAAAUGCCAUUGAUUGGUCUUUCCUUCUUUUUCCUGGGGUUGGUUGUGGCUUCUGUCACAGCUAAUACAACAGAAAAAGGAAUUACCACAACUUCAGCUGAACUAGGCCAGAAUAGCAGUAACCCCACCAUUGUAACACCUCUGUACACCACCACCGGUAUCAGCAGAACCAUCAACAUGCCUGCCGUCACUGUCGGCAGUACUAUGAACAUCACUGAGGGCAACAGCACCAUCCCACCCUCAACAACAAAACAGAACAGUAAUGAAGGUCUUAGCAAUGCAAGCCAGAGCACAAUGGCCCCAAGGACCACACCUAAACCCCUGGAAACUUCUAAAAGCACAAUCUCUACCACCAAACCAUCACAGCACACCAACAAACCCAACGCUACGCCGAGGGUUGCAAGCGACUUCACUGGCAUCAUCAUCCUGGUUGUGAUCAUCCUCGUAGCUGUUGGAUUUGGAGUUGCCUGUUACGUCUCACGGAGGAGAGGAAGGCGUUACUCCGUAGACUUCAACUCCAGACCAGAUGAUGCCAACAUCCCUCUCAGCACUAUCGAGCCAGAGUUACCCAUUGAUUCUACACCUCAGAACGGUCUGCAAACCUUUGAAAGUACAGAAACUACAACAAAAGAGCCGCAAGAACCAGAGGCAAAACCUGAAGUGCAGGAAGAGCAGAAAGCUGAGACAGAUAAAUCUGCUGUUGAUCCCAGUGCUGAGUCUGCAGCUCCGGCGUCGUCCCCUGUCAGCCCUGAGGACAAACCCAAAGAGGCCGUCGUUGAGCCGAGUCCUCCUGCUGCACCUGUGGAACCGAGUGUGGAGGAGAAAACUGAUGACGAAAGCGUUGUCUCCAACAAGACCUCAGUGGAAUCGCUGAAGGAGUCGAAUGAGAACAACAGCAACAAUGCUGACGUCGGUCAGAAGAGAGCAGAUUUGAAGAGAAGCACCACGUUCUGGGAUGUUCCUCUUGAUUGUCCGGUGUGAGACACUGUCUGUCCCUGUGCGGUUCUCUUCAGGAACUUGUUUGAAGAAGCGACCGCAGUGGAAAAGGACACGUCUGUUCAUACUGCGUGCUAAAUGUAGUCACCUCGCGGUUUGAAACAAAUUUCUUGUAACACAGCAGCUUUUUUUAAAGUUAAACGUCAGCUGAGCUCAGCUUUAGAAAUGUUUUACUGAUAACUGAAUUUGUGUAUUUUACAUACUGAUUUGUAGACUAAAUGUUAUUAUUUUUGGUACUAUGGUAACACCUUAUUUCAAGUCCUCCCUAUUUACUUUAGCAUUUAGUUUCCUCAUAACUCGCUGGGUAAAGCACAUUCUGAGUCCGGGUUUGCUUCAAGACCUCCACUCCCUCUCCCCUUUCACGUCUUUGUCAAAAUAACAAUGAGGCAUAAAAUUGCCCCCGAAAAAUGAAAAAAAAAACAUGGUAAAUAAAACAAUUAAAAUAGUUUGUAACAUGCUAUAAUGAAGUCAUAAGCAAAUAUAUGCAUUUAC